AAAGAAAUCUAAUAUAAUGUGUUGUUUAUGUUGUUGUUUUGGAAGUAAAGACAAAAAUAGAUUAACUCAUAAAACAACUCACAAAAGAUCGACAAAAGUUAUUAAGAAAAACAAGAAUAGAGUUCUUACCGUUAAAUCAAGUGAUGAACAGUUCAAUAGACCGAAAACACCGACCAAAAUGAGUAAAGAGUUGGUCUCUUUUUAUCACACAAUGAAUUCAAGCAAUGACAAGAAAACGACAGAUAUUAAGACAGAUGAUACCAAAUCUACUAAUAAUUUAUGGAUAAUGUCACCGACAGAAAUACCAGAAGAUGACUUGUAUAAGACAUAUAGGCUUCCAUAUGGUAACUGUUCUGCACCACGGGAUCUGCUCAAACAUUUGGGUUAUGAACUGUUCGAACAGCUCGGACAGGGAGGUUUCGGCACUGUUUAUAAAGCUAUUUAUACCCAUAAAAAUGGUAAUAAACAAGAGAUGGCCUGUAAAGAGAUAAUCAUUAAAGAGGAGAAGAGAAAGAAAAUGUUAAUAAGUCUUAGAAGUGAAAUCUAUUCAAUGAAAAUAGCAAAACAACAUAACCAUCCAUUUCUUAUCAAAUUAGAUAAAUGUUUUAUCAUUGAAUACAAUAAGACUACUUUAGCUUAUAUAUUGAUGGAGUUCGCCGAUUCAAAAACACUAUAUAAUGAUUUAACUAAAUUGACUGAUGAGGAUAUACAAAGAUAUUUUGCACAAAUAGCUCAGGGAUUGGCUUUUCUCCACAGAAAAGGCAUUGCACACAAAGAUCUCAAACCUGAAAACAUAUUGUUAAUGUAUAACCAAAAAAAUUGCGAAAAAGAAGUCCGUAUUAGUGAUUAUGGAUUGGCAUUAAAGGCAUACAAGACUAAGAAGGGUAAGAUAGAAGGCGCACACUUUGCCGGCACCCGGGCUUAUAUGGCGCCCGAAAUUAUAAGACUUGAAGUCUACCGCGAGUUUCGCAAAGAAGAGGCACUUAAAGACAAUAAUCCUUUUAAAUGUGAUGUUUGGGCACUCGGUGUCUGUCUCUAUGAAAUGUUUACCAGAAAAACACCUUUUGAUACCUCAAACUUGGAGGCAAUGCUCUAUAAUAUGGAACAUAAAAAGUAUAAUUUACCCAAAAAUAUCGAUACAGAAGCCAACGAUCUUUUGGUCAAACUAUUAGAACCAAAUUCUAAUGAAAGAAUUGAUAUGUUCGGUGUAUUAUCUCAUCCAUGGAUUAAUGAAAUAAUUGAUUGGACUCUUGUUGAACAACGACAAUAACAAAAGCGUAAAUAAAUUUACAUAUAUUUUCU